UUUGUUUAUUAUAAAUUAAAAAUCUUUAAGACUAGUCAAUAUUAUGUAUUAAUGGCAUAGAACAUGAAUCUUUCAACAAUGGUCCAGAUAUAUUUAACUUGGAUAUUUGGAUUCGUUGCCGAAAUCUCUUCGUGUUACAACAUAGAUACAAACUUUCCUAUUGUUUUUAAAAAUAACAAACAAGGCAGCUAUUUCGGAUCGUCUGUUGAGUUUUAUAGCAACAAAAAUGAACAAUGGGUAUUAAUCGGUGCACCCAAAGCAAAUUCCUCUGGUAUAUAUCGUGUAGGUGUUUUAUAUCAAUGUUCCAUUUCGAAAAACUGUCAAGAAAUUUCGUUAAAAAGUUCACCUAAAGUAAAGGGUAAAAACGAUAGCAUGAUGUUGGGUAUUAGUUUGGCUGUUCAUCCCUCAAAUCGUGGAUUUGUGAGUUGUGGCCAUUUGUGGAAGAAACACAUUCGAAAAAUAGGUUAUUUUCCAAACGGUCUUUGUUAUUUUAUCGAUUACAACAAAAAGACAUAUCAAAAAAGCGAAAUUCUUCUCCGUGAAGAAGGAAAUAAUGGUCAAACAAAACGAAAAAAGGGAACCAACUACACAUUCAACAAUUAUGCUUAUGGUGUAGCUGGCUUCUCUGCAUCAUUUACGGAAGAUGGUGAAAGUGUAAUUUUUGGAGCGCCAGGUGUACUUGAAGGAGCAGGAUCAAUUAUUAAAUAUCCUUGGAACUGGUAUAACUGGUCUAAUUUUUGGGACAUUCUGGAUCCCGAUCCCGAGAAGUUAAUAGAAAUUUCUUUUGAUUCUUACAUAGGUUAUUCUGUUUCUUCUGGACACUUUUUAAGCAAUAAAAGCACGCUAUUUGUAGCCGGAGCUCCGAGGACAGAAAAUAAUCGUGGAUGUGUUUAUAUAUUUGAAAAUUUGCACAAUGUUAAAAUUAAAUUCAAAAUAAUGGGCUCAACGAUGGGAGAAUAUUUUGGAGCUUCUGUUUUAGGUAUAGAUGUUAAUAAUGACCAAUAUACAGAUCUGCUUGUUGGUGCACCUUUCUAUUCCACUUUAAGAGGAGGAGACGAGGGCAUUGUCUAUAUGUAUAUCAGUAACGGGGAAGAGUUAGAAAUACAGUCAAUAGUUUUGAAAGGUUCAAAUAUACCAAAUGCAAGAUUUGGAAUGUCAAUGGCAAAAUGUGGGGACCUCAAUAAAGAUGGAUUCUUGGAUAUUGCCAUUGGUGCACCUUAUGAAGAUGAGAGAGGAGCUGUUUAUAUUUAUCAUGGUGCAGAAAAUGGUGUUAAGCAAAAUCACGUUCAAAGAAUAGCUGCAAAAGAUUUUAGCAUUGAUUUAUCAGGAUUUGGAAUAGCAAUAUCUAAAGGAAGAGAUAUUGAUAAUAAUAAUUACCCAGAUAUCUUAAUUGGAGCAUACGCUUCUGAUUCUGCUAUUCUGUUAAGAUCUCGGCCAUUAGUUUCAAUUCAUACUGAAUUAUUGUUUAAUAAUAAAUACAUCAUUUACAAUCAUUCGAAAUGUAAAAUUAACAAAAGAGAAAUGUCUUGUUUUGAGACAACAUUUUGCAUUAAAUACGACGGACAAGAUGUUCGUGAAGAAAUCAAUAUAACAGUGAAUUUACAAGUUGACAUCCAUCAAAACUUUCCGAGAUGCUAUUUCAUCAAUGACACUGAACAAAUGUUUACUUCGUCACAAACAUCAACCAGUGAAAUUAAUUUAUUUAUCAAUAAUCAAUAUUGCGAUAAUAAAACUAUUUACAUUAAGGAAGGUAUCCAGGAUCUGGAUAAUCCAGUUCACAUUCUCAUGACAUACAAACUGAAUGAAUUUCCAACCGAAGAUUUUUGCAAAAACUGUCCUUUAAUUAAUAAAACUGAUUCCAACAAUACUAUAAGAACGAUUAUGUUUUGGAAAGGAUGCGGAAUUGAUAAUGAAUGCUUAAGCAAUCUUAAAAUCGAAGCUUGGGUCUCUAAUUUAAAUAAGACUAAAACUUUAAUCCUCGGUGAAAAUAAUGUUUUGGAAUUACAAAUAAAAGCAGAAAAUUUGGGAGAGACAGCCUACAACACUACAAUAUAUAUUCAGAUUCCAGAAAAUGUAAUGUUAAUCAAUCAAGCAAAUUGCUAUUUGAAGAAUGCGAAUGAAACUUUCUUUCUGUUUUGCAAUCUUGGAAAUCUUUAUCAAAUUCCUAAACUUUUUACUUUAAAAAUGGACACGUCCGAACUCUCUUCGUCAGUUGAAGAAUUAAUAUUUGAAUUAUUUAUAAACUCCAACAGCAAUGAAUUAGAAAUUGAGGAUAACAAUUACAAACUCGUCAUUCCUGUAAUUUCUAAAGAUAUUCAAAUCAAAGGAUUUACUGAAAAUAAAGUAUUGUUUUUGACAGAAAAGACAAAAUAUCUAAUCAAUCAUACUUACUUUAUAUUUAAAACUCUGAAACAACAGGUACCAUUAGUAGAAGUAGUAUUUUCAAUUCCAAUAAAACAUUCAAAAAGCGGAUUGCAAUUUCUAGAACCUGAAAUUGAGGUAGACAACAGUACAAUUAAUAAUGUUCCUACAAAUUGUAAUGAAGCAAGUUUUAUGACAUCUGUCAUAAAAGGAAAAUACACACAUGAAGACCACGCAAAUCACUCAGAAUUUCAACCAGUUUAUUUAGAUUGUUCAAAUUCUAUUUGCAAAUCUUUCAAAUGUAAGAUGGGACCAUUUUUAAAUACAGAAAGUUUUGCAAAAUUCCAACUACACGGAUAUAUUAAUUUAAAAAACUUGGACAAUAUUGGAAUACAAACUAUCACUGCAAUUAUAUCACAAGGAAUAGUUUUAACACAGAAUAAAAAUAAAACUUCAGAAAAGGAUUAUGCAACAGUAGGAACAUAUUUACAGAAGUAUACUCAUCAAAAGAAAAUUGCCACAUGGAUAAUUAUUGUGAGCAUAUUAGCUGGACUACUGCUUUUUACUCUCAUAAUUUUGUUAUUGGUAAAGUGUGGAUUUUUUAGACGUAAAAAACAAGAAGAAUUACGGGAAAUGAAGGAAAAUAAUCCUGAUACAAUAAAAUGCUAAUGUGACAUUUAUAUAUUGUUUAUUUAAAGUUUAAGUACUUUUGUCAAUAAUAAAAAAAAA